CUUCCUCCCCCUAUUGCUAGUGUUGAGUUCUCAAGGCGCAUGCGCGCUCUCUCUCUCUCCCAGCCGCCUCGGGCGUGCUUUCCGCCCAGGCCCAAUUAGAGGAGGAGAGGUCAAAGGUCACGGCGGUGGCGGUUGGCGGGCGGAAGUGGAAGAGAGGAGGCCUCUGCUUCGAUCCAUCAUGGCGGCGUCUGAGUUAGAAGCGGCUCCCUGAGCUCCGGAGGAGGAGGAGGAGCCCCCUCGACCAUGCACAGCUUGGCCACGACCGCGCCUGUGCCAACGGCACUUGCUCAGGUUGAUCGAGAGAAAAUUUAUCAAUGGAUCAAUGAGCUUUCUAGCCCUGAGACUCGUGAGAACGCAUUGCUGGAGCUAAGUAAAAAGCGAGAGUCUGUCCCUGAUCUUGCUCCAAUGUUAUGGCACUCCUUUGGUACAAUUGCAGCUCUCUUACAGGAAAUCGUAAAUAUCUACCCAUCUAUAAAUCCACCAACUUUGACAGCUCAUCAGUCCAACAGAGUCUGCAAUGCUUUGGCACUUCUACAAUGUGUUGCAUCACAUCCAGAAACCAGGUCAGCCUUCCUUGCUGCUCAUAUCCCUCUCUUCUUGUAUCCCUUCUUGCAUACUGUCAGUAAGACUCGUCCCUUUGAGUACCUGCGACUCACAAGUCUUGGAGUAAUCGGGGCCCUGGUGAAGACAGAUGAGCAAGAAGUAAUUAACUUCUUAUUGACGACUGAAAUUAUCCCUUUGUGCUUACGCAUCAUGGAGUCUGGCAGUGAACUUUCCAAAACGGUUGCUACCUUUAUUCUACAGAAAAUCCUAUUGGAUGAUACGGGACUGGCUUACAUCUGUCAGACUUACGAAAGAUUUUCUCAUGUUGCAAUGAUAUUGGGUAAAAUGGUCCUGCAGCUUUCGAAAGAGCCUUCUGCCAGGCUGCUGAAACAUGUGGUCCGUUGUUACCUUCGCCUUUCUGAUAAUCCAAGAUGUAGGGCACGGGAAGCCCUCAGGCAGUGCCUUCCUGACCAGCUGAAAGAUACCACCUUUGCCCAGGUUCUGAAAGAUGACACCACCACCAAGCGUUGGCUGGCACAGCUGGUCAAGAAUCUGCAAGAAGGCCAGGUCACCGAUCCCAGGGGCAUCCCCCUUCCUCCACAGUGACAGCCAAGGAGGUGGCGGAACCCAGGAGGAAACAGCUCAGGUUUACAGAGAGCCAGGAACCAAUGACCUCUUCCAGAUCCUGUCAGGCAUGUGUGGGCAGCUCCUUGGACUGUGAAAAGCUACCCGGACAGCAGGCCCUUUCUAUAGCAACUUUUCACCAUGCCUCUGAGGAUUAUGACACCAGCAAACACAGUUGGGACAGACAAGCCCUCUUUUAGUGUAUGGGCUUUGUUGUGCUGUUCAGUUGAGCACCAAGCUGGGCAUUGUUGCUGCCAGCAGCAUCUCUCCUUGUCUGAUUCAACGUGGCAGGCUUGGGAAGUGUUCCUCAGAUUCCUUGUUGUUCAGUGUUUACAUGUAAGUUCAAUAAAGGUUGGUCUAGUAAUUUGACCCUCUUAGGAGUACCUUUUGAGCUGCAUCUAGCUCUAAGCAGAAGAGGCCUAUUUUCCUCGUCACCACUGGAAAUUAUGCUUUCAUAGGAGGAAUUCCCUAAUUCAUUCUUUUGAUAAGUUCAGCCACUGUGGCUUGGGCUCUUAGAAUUUUCAGUCUGUGAAGAUUGGGUGGGGGCAGUAAUAUAUGUAAUCAUCCUCGCCUCUUAAGGGAUUGUUCCUGGUAUGUCAGAAAGCACUGACUUCCUGGAUUGUAUUCCUUUGUCCAUACAGUAGAACAAUUCCUGCCUCUGUGGCUAUAUUUGAACCAGUGUCAAAUCUUCCAUUGAUCCACCUCCACUAACCUCCUAGUCAUUAUGAGCCAGAAUGCUGCCAAAACAUUCCUUUAACAGUCAAACUCUUCUGCGGGGUUGGGAAGGGAAGCUUGUUGUGUGGAUGCCACAGCUUAUGAACCAGCAAGCUUUGUGGCUUCCCACUUCAUUGCAGCCAGUGCCACUGGUUAAUAAGGCAACCCUAGGGCUCAGCAGAACAGACAGGGACCAAGAGCUAUUUCAGGCAGCCAGGAAAUGCUGCAGAUAUUUUAGCCUUGCUGGCUGCUGUUGGGAAGCACAGUGGCUGCAAUUGCAAGGGCUCUCAUGCUCUUUAUCCUCUUUCCCCCCGCCUCCACCAACAUUUGUAGGUGUCUCCUAUGGCAGAGGAGUCAUUAUGGAUUAUAUAGAGGCAGCCUUUCCCCUGCCCAUUGAGUAAAAGAAGUGAAUGUAGUGUGUAUGUGUUGAGUGUGGAAGCCCCGAUUCAUCCAGGCUGUUUGUCCAUUGCACAGCACCACUGGGAGCAGGUGGCUUCUGUUCCCUUGCUGGAUCCCUUAGCCUCAGCACCUGUUGCAGCUUUGGGUAGGAACCUGUUUUCUCUUUCCCCUCCUUUUUUUUUUUUCCUUUGCUGAUGGCUGGCCAGGCCAUGCCAGGAGUGUCUUAACUCUUCCCUCUCUAUGUGGACUGCUUUUGCUGUUACAGCGGCUCCCAGUUUUAUAACAGCCUUGUUUUUCCAUCCCUGCCUUGAGUGGACUUUACCAACUGCUUCUGUUUUGUAACUUGAAUAAAAAAUAAGCCAAAUGAA